UCAGGAAGGAGAGAGCUAAAGCACAUCGUUCCUUCACUGCGUAUCUAUCUUUUUCAACCAAAAUAACUGUGCGAUUUCAAGGUCUUCAGUUCGUCUUUUUUUUUGCUUUCAAACUCGUCGACUGUAUUCGUUGUUUUACUUGAUAAAAGACGAUAUCUUGAAGUCAGUUUCCUCGUGCUGCUUAUAAAUAUAGGUGACGUCAUAUAAGGAAAAGAGAGAAUUUGUUGGUAUCCUUUAGCCAGUCGGCCAUUGAGUCCAUCUUUUCUGUCGAAAUUAAUUAGCAAAGUAGCAAAUUCUAGACUGAAAAAAAAAGAACCUACUCUUUUGUAAAGAGAAAAUUCAAACCGGAGUUUUGCGCGAGGGAGUCGAUUUUGAGUACGAAUAAAAAAUGUCCUCGCCCAGUGCUGGAAAACGUCGAAUGGACACAGAUGUCAUCAAAUUGAUUGAGGGAAAAUACGAGGUCACAAUACUUGGAGGACUUAAUGAAUUUGCUGUAAAAUUUUAUGGGCCACGAGGAACACCUUACGAAGGAGGAAUCUGGAAAGUUCGAGUGCACUUGCCUGAACACUACCCGUUCAAAUCACCAUCUAUUGGCUUCAUGAAUAAAGUCUAUCAUCCAAACAUUGACGAAGUAUCAGGAACUGUCUGUCUUGAUGUUAUCAACCAAGCUUGGACAGCUUUAUAUGAUUUGUCAAACAUCUUCGAAUCUUUCUUGCCACAGCUUCUAACGUACCCAAAUCCUAUUGAUCCACUAAAUGGGGAUGCAGCAGCCAUGUAUCUGCACAAACCUGAAGAGUACAAGAAAAAAGUGCAGGACUAUGUCAAAAAGUAUGCCACCGAAGAGGCUUUAAGGGAGCAGGAAGCCCAAGAAGCCGCUCACCUGUCGUCCGAUUCGGAAUCCUCUAUGUCGGAUUUCAGUGAGGAUGAAGCUCAGGACAUGGAAUUAUGAGUUUUCUCAUCGUUUUUUUUUUACGUGAAAAUUUCGUCGUUUACUACGUUUUCCUCGUCUCUCUUUCAUCGAAAUGGCCUCUUGAUUCUUUUUUCGUCCUUUUUGGCGGCAUUCAUCGUUCAACGGAAGAAAGGAUUCAUCGUACAAAAAAUUCACCUCACACCGGGCUUCAUCAUAUAAUACUUGCGAUAAAUCACCAACCGUCUCUUGCACCUCUUCCCAUCCUUGUCGUUUGUUAAACAAGCCUCGCAUCCUAAUUAUUCUCGGGAUGUUUAAUAUCUAAAUUCUGUCUUAGAAAACAAGAAUAAUUUGCCAAAUUUUUUUUUUAUUUCGUCUCCCAACCCUCGUUCUUUCCCAAUUCUUUUUCACUUCAAGUAAAGAAAGAAAAGAUAAAAAAAUAAAAUUAAUUCUAAAGUUGAGAUGCCUUGAGCAGUCAAGAGAAUAAAUGUUUCAUAGUAAGAGCCCUUUCUAUCACAUAUUAAUUCAUCGGUUCAUUAUUAAUCGUUACACGUUUCUGAUGUGAAUUUAGCUCUUAUAACCCUUUAAAAAAAAUAUCAACGUGUAUGCAUGUCGUGUCGAUAUAUCCAAAAUAUCGUAAUAAGCUUGAGUUCCAUAGUUUGACGAUUUCUUUCCUCUCCGAGUGUUGAAGCUUGGGCGGGAGAUAGAGGACACUUUUCACGUAGCUUAUGUUUUGGACCAUUUUCUUUUAUAAUUUUCAGUUGUUGAGUUAUACUUGACCACGAUUAGAAAAUUCGAUUUUUCUUUCUUUCGUACUUGACAAAUUUAUUCUUACCUGUAUCACAGAAGAUCGACCACGAAGUUUCUUGGUUUGAAGUAAAACUCGAGUGGUCUGAAAAGAAUUUGCAUGUCGGAAUGGAAUACCUGUUUGUUUUUUGGGAAAAAAUAAAAAUGUUUAAAAAAAGGGAA